AAGUAAUAAUACCAUGGCACAUAUUUAAAUGAUAUUAGAAACUAUGGGCAGCAUUUUUUAUGCUUUUAAAAAGAACAAACAAUUAUGGUGGGUAUUUUCUGAAUUAUCUACCUUUGUGCCACUUGAAAAUAACUGUGAUAAAAGUCAAUAUUAAUCUCCAACUGUAAUGCUGGAAAGGAUAAUAAAAAAGUGAUUAUAGCUCUCUAUGUUAUUAAUGUGUGAGAAAAUUAUUUCAACAACAAAACUGUUUGUUGCCAGGAAGUUCAAGGACUGAAAUGCUUUAUUUUUUUCUUCCAUUAUCUUUGAAUGACUUCACAUUUUCUUUUACAUAAUACUCUUUUCAUUUUGGCCCAUUUAUUUUCUUUUCCAUUACUGCAUCACAAAGCCUGACUCUGAGAGUGUGACGUACAAAUUACAUGCAUGCCUUUUCUUUCCAGCAAAUGUUUGUGUCUGUUCAUUAUCUGCAGCAGCACACUGCUGCAACAGCAGUGGAGGCUUGACUGACUGUGACAGUCAGGUAUGGCCUUGGACAGCUGUUGUUGUAAGGCGCAUUCAAACCAGCAGGUGGCUCUGUCUCCUCCUUUGUAGGGAAGAAAGAUCCACUAUAGGAUCCACAUCACACCACUUCCUAUGAGAUUCCUUAAUGUGAGACCUUUUAGACAUGUAUUGAUAUCUGCUAAAGUAGAUGGUGUGGAUGUUGGGGAGGAUGCUGGCCUAAAACAAAAAAAGUGUAUGUGUUCUCUGUAUUAAAUUCUUUACAUCACUAUUUACAUUUUUUUUUUUUGUUGGUUUGCUUGAAGUAGAAUUUUACAAAUGGCUUUUCUUCCUUCUAUCAUCGCCUAAUACAAAUGUGUGUUUGUGUAAGAUAGGGCCACAGAAGAUAAAUAGUCCAGGCCUACAAUUUUUUUUUUUUGUGGUUUUGAAUCUGACACACGCACACAUCAACAAUAUUAUAUUCUAUCAUAUAAAACUGUAAAUAAACAUACAGUAUUUUAGGAUUUCAAAGUUACUGCGCGUCCACGUGCGCGUGCAUGUAUGUGUGAAAGUGUGGGCCUAUACGGGAAACGUUAGCUUGGGGGGGGGGAUUCAGACGACACAAUAGCAAAUAACGACAAAAUUCAUUUCUAAUGCAACUGCAGCAUCUACUCUUGUAUCGUUCAGCGGCCCAUUUUUUUUAAUUUCUUUUUGUGGUUGCAUAACUGUCAGGUAGGUUAUUAUAAUGAUGUGCACGUUGCGAUUCUCUCCCCCUCCACCAAAUCCAAUCACACCCUCCCCCAUCUCAAGUACAAUUACGUGAUGGGUGACGUUUCAGCAUGCGGAGGAGGGCGCUGGGCAGGGACCACUUGGACCAAAGAGGACUAAACGCUAUUUCAUUUCAGCGCAGAAACAACGCAUUCAAGGCAGUGGACCAGGGCGCCUCGCUGAAGCCUAGCCCAUUGUCUCCUUCAAACUGAGCAACUAAGGAAAACGGGUUUGACCAAAACAGCGGUGUAGCCCAUAAAGGAGUGUCCAAGUGGUAGGCAUUGCGGGUUUGUAAGCCACAGAAAAAAAGGGGCCCUGGACAGAUCUGGCCAAUAACGGAAAAUGAAUCACAGUCAAGUUUUAAUAAUAUGAAUACGAGCCGCGUUUUGUUGCAAUUGGCGACCAACUAUUGAUGCUUCUGCGCCGAUCGUUUUCCAGACCAUCAGUUCGCGCGGACUUCUUUUGUUCGCAUCGCUUGAAUCCCAAAUUCUAGUCUGCAUAUUUGUGCUGCCGUUGUAGAAGAGUUAGUCGCUCCAAAAAAAAAAAAAAAAAAAAAAAAACCCAAGAUGAAUUUCCAGUCGAGCGUCCCAGUGUCCAGUAUCUCGCAGCAGUCUCAGCCAGCCAUGCCCACUCCAGGCACGGUCCCAGCGCCAGUUCCCGUCCCAGUGCCCCAGUCCAUCCCGUCCCAGUUCGGAUCCGGAUCGUCUGCAAGCUCAGGGGCUGGCCAGUUCGGUUCGGGGACUGUUUCGGGCCAGGCUGCCCAACCCGGCCCAGCGGGCUCGCAGUUUGUUUUGUCCAACUCAGCGGCCAUCAGGGCAGAGAUCCAUCGGUUCGAGUCUGUCCACCCGAACAUUUACGCAAUCUACGACCUGAUCGAGCGCAUUGAUGACCUGGCCCUGCAGAACCAGAUCCGAGAGCAUGUAAUCUCCAUCGAAGACUCUUUCGUCAACAGCCAGGAAUGGACAUUGAGUCGGUCAGUGCCAGAGCUGAAAGUGGGCAUCGUGGGAAAUCUGUCCAGUGGGAAGUCUGCCUUGGUUCACCGGUACUUGACAGGCACAUAUGUGCAGGAGGAGUCUCCUGAAGGUGGACGGUUCAAGAAAGAAAUUGUUGUGGAUGGACAGAGCUACCUUCUCCUGAUCAGAGAUGAAGGAGGGCCUCCAGAGUUGCAGUUUGCUGCCUGGGUGGAUGCGGUGGUUUUCGUCUUUAGCCUGGAGGAUGAGAUCAGCUUCCAGACAGUCUACAAUUACUUUGUGCGCCUCUCCAGCUACAGGAACACAGCUGAGGUCCCCAUGGUCCUCGUUGGAACACAAGAUGCAAUCAGUGCUGCCAACCCCAGAGUGAUCGAUGACUCGCGGGCCAGAAAGUUGUCAAACGACCUGAAGCGCUGCACAUACUAUGAGACCUGCUCCACCUACGGCCUGAAUGUGGAGAGAGUCUUCCAGGACGUUGCCCAGAAGGUUGUGGCCAUGAGGAAAAAGCAGCAGCUCUCAAUUGGUCCAUGCAAAUCUCUCCCUAACUCUCCCAGCCAUUCAUCAGUCCCCGCUGCAUCUAUCCCCUCUGUUCAUAUUAACCAGGCGGCCAAUGGUGGGGGUGCAUUCAGUGACUACUCCUCCUCUGUUCCCUCCACCCCCAGCAUAAGUCAGCGGGAGAUGCGCAUUGAGACCAUCGCUGCCUCCAACACACCCACGCCCAUCCGGAAGCAGUCAAAGCGCCGCUCCAACAUUUUCACAUCACGGAAAGCCAGUGAGCAAGCAAAGAGCGUUGACAGUAAAACAGACAGCAUAGGCAGUGGAAGGGCCAUACCUAUCAAACAGGGAAUCCUUCUGAAGCGAAGUGGCAAAUCCCUCAACAAGGAGUGGAAAAAGAAAUAUGUCACACUGUGUGAUAAUGGCGUCCUCACUUACCACCCCAGUUUACAUGACUACAUGCAGAAUGUGCAUGGGAAAGAGAUUGACUUGCUGAGGACCACAGUCAAGGUUCCUGGGAAACGACCACCCAGAGCGGUGGCCACCGUUGCUCCCACUGCUAGUCCCAAAACCAACGGGCUCACCAAGGACCGCAGCACCUUGCAGCUGGGCAUAGGAAACACAGGCGCCCCUCACUCCAACAGCAGUACAUCCCUCCAGACGGGCGCGUCAGUGUUUGCCGGCAGUAAAGAUGGCAUGCACCAGCGCUCCUUCUCCGUGUCCAGCGCCGACCAGUGGAAUGAAGCCAUCAACACCAGCACAAGCAGCGGAGCCCCCAACGGGACGAGUGAUCCCGCAAAUUCCAGUGUGGGCAGCGCGACGAGUCCUAAACUUGAGCCACCUCCUUCGCCUCACGCCAACCGCAAGAAACACAGACGGAAAAAGAGCACGGGCAUCACAAAGCCAGACGGCUUAUCUGGAGGCAAUGAAGAGCAAGAGGAUUCCUUUGAGUUCAUCAUUGUGUCGUUGACGGGUCAGACGUGGAACUUUGAAGCGUCCACAUAUGAGGAGAGGGAACUGUGGGUCCAAGCGAUCGAGAGCCAGAUCUUCGCCAGCCUGCAGUCUUGUGAGAGCAUAAAAAAUAAGUCUCGGUUAGGUAGCCAAAGUGAUGCAAUGGCCAUUCAGUCCAUACGAAACGUGAGGGGGAACAGCUUCUGUGUGGACUGUGACGCACCCAACCCAGACUGGGCAAGUUUGAACCUGGGUGCCUUGAUGUGCAUCGAGUGCUCGGGCAUCCACAGGAACCUGGGCACCCACCUGUCCCGUGUCCGCUCGCUGGACCUGGACGACUGGCCGGUGGAGCUCAGCAUGGUGAUGACGGCCAUCGGAAACACGAUGGCCAACAGCGUGUGGGAGGGCGCUCUGGAGGGCUACACCAAGCCGGGGAGCGACAGCACCAGGGAGGAGAAGGAGCGCUGGAUCCGAGCCAAGUAUGAGCAGAAGCUGUUCGUGGUGGGGCUGCCCCAGUCGGACGUGCCCCUGGGGCAGCAGCUGCUUCGGGCGGUGGUGGAGGAUGACCUGAGGUUGGUGGUGGUGCUGUUGGCCCACGGCACCAAGGAGGAGGUUAACGAGACCUACGGGGACGGAGACGGACGCACCGCUCUGCACCUAUCCUGCGCCAUGGCGAAUGUGGUCAUCACACAGCUACUCAUCUGGUACGGUGUGGAUGUGAAGAGUCGGGAUGCUCGUGGUCAGACACCGCUGUCCUACGCUCGGCGAGCUGGCAGCCAGGAGUGCGCAGACAUCUUACUUCAGCACGGUUGCCCCAACGAUACGAGCACCUUGACCUCGGUGCCCACGCCCAACAUGAGCCGCCGCAACCCAAACCCCAACCCCAACAUCAACAACAACAACGCCCAGUGUGAGCUCAACCGCAGUAUCAGCAUCAUGUAGGAGCCAGAGAGCAGCCGCAGACGGACAUUGGAAAAGAAAAAAAAAAAGAAGAAAAAAAAAAAGAAAACCUGCACCCACCCUUGUCUCUUCCCAGUACUUCCUCCUCUGUUUCACACUGUGUAACCCAGAAUCAGUACCAAUGGAGAGAUAUCAGGAGUGACGGACUCAUUGUUGAUAUUCCACUAUGCUGAAAGAAGUGGGUGUGUGGGGUUCGGACAUUGUACAUUGUUUGUUUUAUAUUAUUAUUUUUUAAUUGUUUUGUUAGUUAAAUUCAUUCAAUCUUGGUCUGAAAUGAUCAUGAUCAGCUUUAAGCUUUAUGUUUUUUAAGCGUCAACCAAACAAAUGACUUACUUUGGCAUUCAUACCUACCCUACGAAAAGCAUUUCCUUAAUGCUUGAACAUUUCCUUUUUAUGUCUUCCCCCCUCUGCGGUGUGAACUGAUUUUAUAAUGAGUGUGAAUGAGAAACUUCUUUCAAAUUUUCAAGCCAAGGCAUAAUAACACAAAACUGUGAGGAAUAGUUUUCGAAGUGACAAAACACUGAUGUCGGAAAGAAACUAAAUCUUCCAUGAUAUCAGUGGCUGUUACAGCUUUAGUAAUGAUGCAUGUCUUCAACACAGCUAUCAAACUCUUGACAUACUAUUCAUAUACAAAGGCAAAGCAAUUAUAGUUGAGAAGUUCAAAUGAUUUAGAUACUUAAUUCACAGGAAAAUGGAUUCGGAACAUCAAAAAGGAGCUGAUUGCAGAAUUCCUAUGGGGUGAAAGUGAGUCAUUUCCUUCACCACCCUUAUCAUGAUCCUCCAGUAAAAAUGUCCACGACUGUAAAGGAAUUAAGGGGCAUAAUGUUUUAUGACCCUCGAGCCACAUGGCUUUGUAAGCGUGCCUCUUCAAUCAGAAUUCAUUCAAAUUCAAGGGUUUGAUUGAAAUAGUGGAAUUGUACCAUCAUGAUGUCUUUGUUGGAGUAAUUUUCCGAUUGACUAGAUUGUGUUGAUAAUUGUUUGACAUAGAUUCACACGAUUUCAAACCAUAAGCAUACUGGAAUAUUCAUUCACCUCCUGUGGCUGUAAAACUGGUACCCUCGAGUGCAUUUCCUCUAUUGUUGCUGUGAAAUACAUAUAUGGUACUGUGUGUGUACAUCCGUACAUACUGUACGAUACGUGUGUGCUUACGUCUUCGUCUGUGACCGUGUGCAGCAGAGAGCGACUGGGCAUUUCUGUUCAUGAACAUUGGAGAAAGGACACUGGAGAGAAGACAAACACCUUACAGUGAAGAUUUGGGAACAUAACUGUGUUUUAAUGUACAGACCUCUGUAAAAAGUAGUUCUUGUUCCUUCACCUUAUUCCUUAUAAGAAGUUACUCUGACUUUUAGAGUCCAUUUAAAAAAAAAAAACAACCAUUUCCUUUUCCUUAACCCAAUGUGCCCUCCCCAAUCCUGAGAACCUGUCAGCCUAAAAGCAGGGAGUUAACGAAAUGCAUUCAAGUGAGUGAAAUGAGUGUGACAUUUAGGGAUUCAAAUAAGCAAGGAGGUUCAUAGAGGGAAAUAUAAUUAGUUUGACUCUCUUUGCAUUAAUACAAAUGUACAGUAUUCCACAGAGAGGAUAAGCCCAUUCAUUUAGUAAAUAGGACUUGGGCAAGAAAUAAUUUCAGGUGGAGUUGGCACAAUGUCUACAGUGUAUUUUCCCAUUAAUUCAACUGCCAUUUUUAAGGUUUUAAACCGUCUUGAUUUUAUACGUUUACAAAGGCAGGAUGUAAGUUUACAGAGCAAGUUAUUAACUUGGUACCUUAAAUACCAUUUUGUUGUUGCUUUACGGAUUUUUUGUUUGUUUGUUUUCUACAGAAAAUGAAAAUUAAUCUGUUAAAAAUGGACAUUUGUGAAUCCAGGAGAAAGCUAAAUGUUAAAGGAAAAGUUUAACAUUUUGGGAAAUAUGCUGUAUGUCUUGCCAAGAGUUAAAUGAUAAGAUCGAUACGCCGCCCACGUCUGUACAUUAGGUACAGUGCUGGAGCCGGGAGGCGUUCAGCCGAGUCCAUAACAGGUAGUCUGGCGUAGCAAAGCACCAUGUAGUUGCCUCUAAAAACACAAAUUCUCAUUUUUUAUAUUUCUGUUCUUGUAUGCAUUAAGCAAACAAGAUAUAUUGUUUUACUGUGUUAGCUUUAGAGGAGCAUGUUGAAGUGUUUCCCCAUGCUUCCUGACUUUAUAGCUAAACUAAGCUAACUGCCUCUGGCUCUGGUUGGGUACUAAACACACACACAUGAGAAUGUUGUCAGUCUUCUCAUCAAACUCUCAGAAAGCAAAUACACAUGUAUCCCAAAAUGUCAAGCUAUCCUCUUAAGACAUCACACAACCAACCACAAAUUCAACCAUUUACCUUCAAAUUUCUCUGUACUGUAUUCUGGUACUGGCCUUAUUUCUGAUCUUUACUUGACCAACUUAUUUUUUUAAGUUCAUUUCAGUGUAGGAGGAGAUAACUGAGAGUUUAAUGUGUACAGUGAUUACUGAACCUUUAUUUACAUACUGUAGAUGCAGAAAAAAACUAGAAACUGACUCCCCUCCCCCUCCAAACACAACAUGAAGUGUACAUAUUAGCUUAAUGCUUUUAUCUGAAGACAAGCUCCUCCUAGAGAAACAAACUGAACUCGUUUUUUGGUCCUCUUGACCCAUGAACCAUAUUUUGAUAUGUUGUUUUUGUUUCUCUUUAGGCAUAUUUUUAAGGUACUUUUGUUUGGUCUCAACAUUAACCGACCAUCUUUGGUACUUGUGUAUAAUGAUGUACAUUUGACAUAUUUAUAAUGCAGUAUGUAAAUAUCUUUUUUUUUUGGUUCUGUUUUGUUUUUGUUCCAAGUUAAUUUUCCUAUUGUAAUUCCUUUACGUUCAGAACGUAAAACAAAGCAAAAGCUAAAGAGUAACUUGUUGUAUGCUUGGAUGCUUGGCUGACUGUUGACCUAUUAAUAAACACUCAAAUAAAACGAUGUAGCCUUCCCUGGAUUUAGGGAAAUCGA